AUGGCGUUCACUGGAACUCUUGAUAAGUGCAAGGCUUGUGAGAAGACUGUUUAUGUUGUUGAUAUGUUGUCUCUUGAAGGAGUGCCUUAUCAUAAAUACUGCUUCAAAUGCAGCCACUGCAAAGGAACUCUUGUGAUGAGCAACUAUUCCUCCAUGGAUGGAGUCCUCUACUGCAAGCCGCAUUUUGAGCAACUUUUCAAGGAAUCUGGCAAUUUCAGCAAGAAUUUUCAAGCAGGCAAGACUGAGAAACAAAAUGACGCGUCUAAGGUCCCCAGCAAAGUCUCUUCCUUGUUCUCUGGAACCCAAGACAAGUGUUCUGCUUGUGGCAAAACAGUGUAUCCGCUGGAGAAGGUGACUCUGGAGGGAGAAUGUUUUCACAAGUCAUGCUUCAGGUGUGCACAUGGAGGAUGUCCUCUCACACACUCAUCUUAUGCUGCCCUUGAUGGAGUCCUCUACUGCAAGCACCACUUUGCUCAGCUGUUCAUGGAGAAAGGGAGCUAUUCCCAUGUUCUCCAGGCUGCUUCCCACAAGAGAACUGCUUCCUCCACACCACCUCCUGAGCUGGCUGAGCCAGAAGCAGAAGGAGAAGGUGCAGCUGCUGGAGACAACUAAGAAGAGCACUCUUAAACGAAGAAAAACCAUGGUUUCUUUCUUGCAUCAUUACUUUCUCAUCUAAAAGUUUGAUUUUGAUGUGGCAGAUGCCAUCAUCAUGUUGAAGAUUGUUGUCUAAUUGUUCACAAUUUUGAUCUCGGAUUUGUUUAUUUAUGUUAUUCAUGCGAAUCACUUGGUUCAAUUUAUUGAAUUUUGUACUA